GGUAUCUGGGACGCGGUAAAACAUGAAACUGGGUCGCUACAGUGCUGAAGCCCAUCGUUGCCCAGCGACUACCCAGCAGCGCUCUCUACUAUAACCAACUACUUUUUACAUCAGAGUGGUGAUACAACAGUCAAUUGCCCCAGCGCGGGUCCCAGUUGCGAAUCGUGUCGAGGGCCGCCCGCCCUUAACCGUCGCUCAGACCGAGCCUGGAACCCUGCGCCCAGUAACGCCGGCCAAUGUGGAGGAUGCACAUCUAGCUUGACGGCACAGCUUGCUCUUCAGCCUUCAUGCGCGACGGCGACAGCGGCACCUCGGCGGCCCUGACACUCUCAGGCGCUCGCCGCGAGCGCCUUCCUGAUGCUUGUGACGGGCACAAGCACGCAGCGGACGGCUAUGCAAGCGCUGUUGCUCCGGCAGAUGGAAGCGGCAUGUUCUGCAGCUCAGGGACGGCUGCCACUGUUGGAAAGCUGGCGCGGUGUGCAGCGGGAGCAGCGGGAGCAGCCACUGCAGCGGCGGCGGGGACCGGUGCCUUGUCCCUGACGACUGCCGGCGCCGGGGCCCUGCACACGGCGGCGAUAGGGACAACACCCAGAGAAUCACAAUCAGUGUGCCACAGCUUCACAUCGGAAGCAGCGUUGAUGACUGGCAGUACAGAUGGCCUUCCGUCCUGCCAGCAACUGCAACAGCACCAAGGCAAUCCCCCGCGCUGCGCCGCCGGCUCGAGUUGCUCCUCGGCCUCAUUGCCAACCCGCACGUCAGCGUGUGGCCGUGGUGUCAAACGGUCCCGGAGCUCCUCUUCCGCACCGUCGGCGCUUAUGGGCUUCACGCUCCUGCUGACAGCAGCACUGCAGGGAGCAGUGCUGAUGUCAGGAGUGCCAUGUGCGGCUGCCUGGGGGUGGCCCUUCAGCGGCAGUAGCAGCAGCAGUACCAGUGGUGGUGGCGGCAGCCGUGGCAGUAGCAGCAGGAGCAGCAGCGCCGCCGCCGCUCGCAGCGCAGGCUCUGGCAGCCUCAGCAGCCUCAGCAGCGCCAAGAACAGCGGCCGACGGACCGCAGCCCUCACCGCCAGCAGCGACCGCGUUAGGAGCACCCGUAGUAGCAGUAGCGGUACGACAGUUGGCGGCGUCAAGCCCCAGCGGGAGGCCGUGUCUGGCGGUGGCGCCGUGUGGCGCGAGCCGGAUCCCGUGCUGCAGGCAGCUGGCCUUCGGGAAGCCCCCUACAACUCCGCCGCUCGUGACGUGGCAGCGCUGCUCGCAUCCGAUCCAACAGACACGGACACGGAUCCGGGAUCCAAGGAUGCUGCUACAGCUUUGUCGCUGGACGCCUCGCGCCCCGCCGACUACCGCCUGCCGCUCAACGACGCGCAGUCUCUGUUGCGCCAGAUGCUGGAGGAGGAGGAGGCGCGGCGCGCCCUGCCGUACAAUUUGACGAAGCCGUACAAGCUCCCGGCCGCCUCGUACGAGGACGAGCACUUCGUGUUCGCCACAGGGUCUUACCCGGACCGCUACCUCCUGGCACAGGCCACUCGCAGCUGGCGCCGCGGCGUGCGCGCCUUCAUCGCCAUCAACAACACACAAGACGUGGACACGCUGAAUGAACGCAACCAGGCGCACCAUGAGCGCUACGAGUACUUCCCGGAUGAGGGCGAGGGCGACCUGGGUCCGCGCUUCCACGGCUUCAUGCGUGGAGACAGCCGCGCAGCCAUGGCGCCCUUCAUGGCUCACGAGCACUACGGCGAGACGUACAAGUGGCUGCUGUACGGAGAUGACGACACCAUUUUCUACAUGCCCGCUGUCAAGCGAAUGCUGGCGCACCUGGAUCCAGAGCUGCCGUACGCGAUCAGCGACAACCUGUGGUACCGCUCCCGCCACCCCAACCUCUUCGCGCCGCGCUGCCUGCCCUGUCACAUGGCCGUCGAUGCCGACCCGCCGCCGGGUGACGAGCAGGAGGAGGAGGAGGAGGAGGAGGAUGGCGGUGGGCGCAAGGCGGAGCCCAUCACCAUUCCCUCCGUAACCGACGUCAGCAAUGGCUACGGGCGCUUCCUGGUGGGCGCCCGCACCGAUGCCGACAUGAACCAUGGCAAGGCCAAGCGAGCCAUGCGCACGCGCGCUUUCCAGGACUGGAACAAGACGCAGCACCAACUAGCGGAGCAUGGACCGGAAGCUAGCGUGCCCGGCCUGCGCUACGUGCCGCGCCCCGCCUGCCCCUUCUGUACGCGCGAGGCAGCCUGCACGCCCUCCCCGCCGCCCGCCGCCCGCACCGGCUGCUACCCCGCCGGCGGGCACGGCGGCGCCGGCAUGAUCUUCAGUGUGGGGCUGCUGCGGCGGCUGUCGGCGGCGCGCAUGAAGGAGUGCUUCAUGCAGCAGUUUGGUGCGCCCGGCGGGGACUCGCUCCUUUCCACCUGCCUGUGGCGCGAGGGCUACGCCUUCACGGACCCCGGCACGUCCACACUGGCAAUGUACGACGGCAACUACGUGCUGUUCAGUUCUGAGGCGGGCAAGUGGGCGCUGCACGACCCACUCACGGUGCUCAUCAGGGGAAAAUGCGACUCGCGGUGCAAGUGGCUCAUCCGCAACGCAGCCAGCCACCACGGCCGCGGCCGGCAUUUCCAGGGUUUUGGCCAGUCGGCUGCGUAUCUGUAUGCGGCGGUAGCGUCGCAACGCGCGGCGCUCAAAUGGCAGGCCUUCAUGGCGCAGCGCGACCUCGAUUUGAAGGAGCUUGCUGCGUCAAUGCGUGGCGAGAGCGCGGAGCGGGAGGACGAGGAGGAGCAGGAGGAGAGCGGUGGCGAGCGGUCAAAGGGUGACAAAGAGGGCAGCACGAGUCGGCGGAAGAUGCAUAGCGCGGGCGCUAAGGCGCGGCGCGACGGCGGCGCUGCCGUCGACGGCGGCGGGGGCAGCGCUAGCGGCAAGUCGAUCGGGUCCGGGCACCAGCAGCAGCACAGCAAGUCCCAGCACCAGAAGCACCAGCAGCACGAGGGCCUGGCCAAGGGGUGGUUUGGCGGCCGAAAGGCCAGUGGCGGCGGCGCAGCCGCUGCCAGCAGAAAAGCCGUGAACAAAAGGGCUGCGGCGUCCAACAAUGAGGCGCUGCUUGCCUCCAGCAAGACAGCGCAGGCCGCGGAGGCGCUACAGCGGGGGCUCAAGGCGGCGGCGGACGUGGCGGCGGGGGAGCGCCGGGUGGCAGCGCAGCAUGCAGCGGCGGCGGAGCGCGCGCUGGGCGUGCAUGGAGGGCUGGGGUCUGCGUCGCGGUCACUGCAGGGUGAGAAGAGCAGCUGGGAGCGGGAGGGGGAGUCGGAGGUGGGAUUAGAUUAUGUGCCGCAUCGGCGAGGCUACUUUGACAGCAGUGACCUCAAGUGAAUCUGCAGCGUGGCUGUGGUGUUGGAGCCGCGUGCUAGGGGCACAAAGAAACGUGUAAGGCAUACCAGAUGUGUGAUGCAUGCACGUGUGUGCGGCGCACUUGUAUUAGCACGUGGAAGUAGGAGCGUAUCAUAGACUAGCUGUGAGAAUCUUAUUGGUUAAUGCGCACAUGCACAGCGCAGCCUAUGGAGUUAGAUUGAAUUGUAGCGCCGAUGGCCGGCGGUAGGAAGUAAGGACACUAGACAGGAAUGCACAAUUCACCUCCUGCUCAUGGGUCACUGACAGGUAUUGCUAGCCCUUGGGUUGUCCAUUGUUCGCGCAACCGACAAAGUGGUUUCUUUUCUGGUCUCGCCAACAUGAGGCUACACUCCUGGCUGGCACGGUGCCAUACGAGAGCCAUAAGAUGAAAGGUGCUGGGAAAUGUAGGGACGCCAUGCAAGCAACCUAAAACCAUGACCGGCAUGGUAAACAGAUCACUG